AUGGGAAGGUCACCAUGCUGUGAGAAGAAUGGGUUGAAGAAAGGACCAUGGACUCCCGAGGAAGACCAAAAGCUCAUUGCUUUCAUCGAAGAGCAUGGCCAUGGAAGCUGGCGUGCAUUGCCUGCUAAAGCUGGUCUGAGAAGAUGUGGAAAGAGCUGCAGAUUGAGGUGGACUAAUUACCUCCGACCUGAUAUCAAACGAGGAAAGUUCAGCUUGCAAGAAGAGCAAACCAUUAUUCAACUUCACGCUCUUCUGGGAAACAGAUGGUCAGCAAUAGCAUCUCACUUACCCAAAAGAACAGACAACGAAAUAAAGAACUAUUGGAACACUCACCUGAAGAAAAGACUUGACAGAAUGGGCAUAGAUCCCACAACCCACAAGCCUAAACUUGAAUCCCUCAAGGACGGCUCCAAUCUCAGCCACAUGGCUCAAUGGGAGAGCGCUCGGCUUGAAGCCGAAGCCAGACUCGUAAGAGAAUCAAAGUUAAUAUUGCUACAACAAAACAAACCCUCUUCCUUCACACAAACUAGGCUGGUUCUCAACAAAAUCACCCCUCAACCAUCACCACCACCAUGCCUCGACGUACUCAAAGCAUGCCAAAUCAACGACAACAAGAGAACCAUGCACAUGCCCAUACACCAUAGCAUGUAUGCCAUGAUGCUUUCCACUCAUGAUCAUCAUGACCUUGAGUCCCCCACUUCCACGUUGUGCUUCCCCGAGAGUUUGCCAAUUAUGAAUAACGCUAAUGCCGUGCCCAUGAAUGUGAUCUCAACCAACAACAACCCCAUUGGGUUAAUCAAUGAGAAUUAUUAUUUACUCCCUCCAACCACUGUCACUACUUCUUCAGAGGGUGGUGCGAAUGCAAUCAUGACGGAAGCUAAUGAUGGUGGCAGUGAGUAUUUAAUCAAACACACGGCUGAAGCAGAAGAAAAUCAAAAGAGAAAUAGUAUGUACGAUGCAAUGUCAUGUUUACAAGGUGAUGAUGAUGACAUUAUGGUGGCUGUUGAAGCAUUUAGACGUGCGGGUUACGACAAUAAUGUCACUCUCACAACUCUCUCAAGCAAUGUUGUCGUUGGUUUCGACAACGAUAUGUCGGUUUUUGGUUCCUACGAAAACUUUGGAGCAGGGAAUAACUUGGACAAUAUCAAUGGGAGUGGAAGCACUUGCAGCACUGGUGACGUGAACUUCGAGCAUAAGAACUAUUGGAAUAACUUGCUUGGUUAUAAAUGA